AUGCGACACGUUCCGUUUAUAUCCCGCACGGUAUUAGUGCAGAAUAAUAAUGUGGAAAAUGCUUUUCGUAUCUUGAAUAGAAUUCUUGGUCAGGAAGAAAUUUUGGAUCAGUAUCGACGAACAAGAUAUUAUGAGAAGCCAACUCAAGUCAGGCGUAGAAUUAAUUAUGAAAGGUGCAAAGCUAUUUACGACGAGGAUAUGAGCAGAAAAAUUAAGUUUAUCCUUAGGAAAAAUCGUGUGGAUCCCUUCCCUGGAUGUUUGUAGUUUCAUAGAAUUUAACUCACAAAUUAAGUUUAAGAAAUCAAUUGUCCAAAUUCAAGUAAAAGAGAUAUCAAGUCAGUUGUAAAA